AUGACACCCAAAGGCAAAGUAUGGAUAAUUACAGCCCAAGUGGAAUUCAGUUCAUUGUCCUAUCAAAGAGCGUGGGAUGCAGAAACAUUCCAUGGUUCUAUAGCCUUCACAUUUCACAACAAGAAUGUACCAGGAUUUCACCAGUUUGUUGUGGACAGAAACCCUUCCAGUGCUACAAAAGAUGGUUUUAUCAGGGACUUCUGGCAACAUGCCUUUGCAUGUGUGUUUCCAGAUUCAGAUGUGAGAGAGGUGCAGGAGAAUAUAUGCACAGGGAAAGAGAAGCUGGGGACUCUUCCCCUUCCAUAUUUUGAAAUGAGCAUGACUGGCCAUAGCUACAGUGUCUACAAUGCUGUUUAUGCUGUUGCUCAUGCUUUGCAUGCCCUCUCUUCAUCCAGACCCCGACACAGAGCAAUAUUGGCAAGAAAGGGAAUGCAACUUCAGAAUCAUCCAUUUUUACAGCUUCACCACUUUCUAAGAAGUGUCUCAUUCAACAACAGUGCUGGAGCCAAGAUAUCCUUUGACCAGAAUGGAAAGAUUAUUGCUGGAUAUGAUGUUAUUAAUUGGAUCAUUGCUUCCAACCAGUCAUUCCAUAGAGUAAAAGUUGGGCAUGUGGAUCCCUGGACGUCACCUGAACAAAUGUUCAGCAUCAGGGAGGAUUCCAUAACAUGGCACGGCUGGUUUAACCAGACACAGCCGUUGUCUUUAUGCACAGAGAGAUGCUGCCCAGGUACUAGAAAGCAACUGAAGGAAGGGGAACCAUUUUGCUGCUAUACCUGCAUCUCAUGUCCAAAGGGGAAGAUUUCUAGCCAGGAAGAUAUGAAUGACUGUUAUAACUGCCCAGACGAAAUGUAUCCUAACAAAAAACAGGAUUUAUGUAUUCCCAAGGAGAUAAGUUUCUUGUCUUUUAAAGAACCAUUGGGGACUAGUUUAACGUGCACUUCUAUUUUCUUUUCUGUGGUAACAGCUCUGAUUCUAGGGACAUUUAUGAAGCACCACAACACUCCCAUUGUUAAAGCCAACAACCAGGAUCUCACAUACAUUCUUCUCACCACUCUUCUGCUCUGCUUCCUUUCUGCACUGUUAUUCAUUGGCCAGCCUCGGCAACUGACAUGUCUCCUCCGACAAACUGUUUUUGGCACCGUCUUCUCAGUGGCCGUUUCCUGUAUCUUGGCAAAAACAAUCACAGUGGUUCUGGCUUUCAUGGCCAAGAAACCAAGAAGCAGGAUAAGAAAGUGGAUUGGGAGGGGAUUCUCUAGUGCCAUUGUUCUGUCUUGUUCCCUUAUGCAAGUUGCCAUUUGUAUUGGGUGGCUGGCAACCUUUCCUCCAUUCCCAGAUGUUGACACUCACUCAUUAACUGAAUAUAUUGUAUCAGAAUGUAAUGAGGGGUCUCUGAUUAUGUUUUAUUGUGUCCUAGGCUACCUGGGGUUUCUGGCCGUCAACAGUUUCAUGGUUGCAUUCCUUGCCAGAAAACUACCAGAUAGUUUUAAUGAAGCCAAGUUCAUCACAUUCAGUAUGUUGGUCUUUUGCAGUGUUUGGGUAUCCUUUGUUCCAUCCUAUGUGAGCACCAAGGGGAAAUAUGUAGCAGCUGUGGAGAUCUUUUCUAUCUUAGCUUCCAGUGCUGGUUUGCUGACUUGCAUCUUUUUCCCUAAAUGUUACAUUAUUGUAAUGAGACCUGAACUAAAUAGCCUAAAUUUUAAAAAAGUCUUUGCUCGCAGAAGGAGAGCACAGAGGGGUCAACUUAGGUGCGUUACAGACCUCCGGAAAGCAGCAAUCUGCCUGCGCCAUCAUUAG